AGGUUCAUUCAGAAUUCAGAUCCCAACUCGGGCUCGUGACUCCUCUGCCUUGAACUCGUGACUACCUUACCAUCUUUUUUUUCGAUAUCGACGACGACGACUUGAACCACGACGAAAUAUGGUGGAACCCGGUCGCUAGCUUUGCCUUCUGCGCUGUCGAGUCGCUCUGUCACGUCACGUCGUGUAUCACCAGCCUCAGUCCCCUAUUCAGCAGCUCAUUGCCCACAUAUCCUCCUGAUUCCCAAUGGCCUCCACCGACAACAGCUCGCUGAAGCGCGCCAGGGCGUCGACGGGCGAGGUCAAUGAUGAUGCCAAAAAGUCGCGAAAAUCUGGUCGCCUUGUUGGCGCCGACGAUGUCCAACAAGGCCCCUUCCCAUCGCCUAUUACAGCUCAAGACACGGCUUCUACGAGAAACGAGACGGUCUCACCGCCGCCGCCGCCGCCGUCGCACAGAGACCGCGGCCAGCAGACUCCUCCUACGGGCAGCCCGCCUCCAUCGUCGUUAUCGCAGCGAUUCGCCGGACUCUCAUCGCCCGCAGGAGAUACACAGCCGUAUUCUCAAUUUCUGCCACCAGCUGCAGUUUCAUACGAGGUCGAUGACGAGGAAGCAGAGGGCGUCUGGGGCUACAUCGUACCAGCCGAUGGGGUAUCAGAAGCGCUGACACUGAGGAAACGUGCAGCAUGUCCAGUGUCGCUGCACGAGACUGGCAAGCCCAACGGACGUCAAAAGGUGAAUAAAGGGCAGUGGAAAGAACAGGAGAACGAGUACGAGGAGGACAAAGCGAAGAAUGGAGUUCCAGCAGGCGGCUAUCUGAUCGGACGGCACCCGGAAUGUGAUAAGAUUGUCAAGAGCGCGACUGUGAGUAACCGGCAUUGCUUGAUAUUCUCGGAGAACAAGCAUAGCAGUACUACUGCAAUCCUUGAGGACUUGAGCGGCAACGGCACGUAUGUGAAUGACCAAUUGAUCGGACGCAAUAAGAGACGUGAGCUUCAGGAUGGAGACGAGAUAUCCAUUGUUGGCGAAGCCAACUUCAUCUUCAGAUACCCCCGGAAGAUUGAGAACGGAAGCGGGUUCCGACAGCAAUACACAAUACAAGAACAGCUCGGCAAAGGGCAUUUUGCAACAGUCUAUCUCUGUGUUGAGAAGUGCAAUGGCAUGCAAUUCGCUGUCAAGAAGUUUGAGAAGCGGAGCGGACCAGGAGAGCGGAGCAAAGUGGAGGGGCUACAACAAGAAAUCGCAGUGCUCAUGGGCGUCAGUCACCCCAACGUGCUGUGUCUCAAGGACACUUUCGACGAGUCUGACGGCGUGUAUUUGGUGCUUGAGUUGGCGCCAGAGGGCGAAUUAUUUAACUGGAUUGUGAUGAAGCAGAAGUUGUCCGAGGCGGAAACACGCAAGCUUUUCAUCCAGCUAUUCCAAGGUAUCAAGUAUCUGCACGAACGCAACAUCGUUCAUCGGGACAUCAAGCCGGAGAACAUUCUUCUCGUCGACAAACAGCUCACUGUCAAGAUUGCCGAUUUUGGGCUGGCGAAGAUCAUUGGCGAAGAAUCCUUCACAACAACACUGUGCGGCACACCGUCUUAUGUCGCCCCCGAGAUCCUGGAGCAGACCAAUCGUCGACGGUACACUCGAGCUGUUGACGUGUGGAGUUUAGGCGUCGUGCUCUACAUCUGUCUCUGUGGCUUUCCACCCUUCUCGGACGAGCUCUAUUCCAAAGAGAAUCCAUACUCGUUGAGCCAGCAGAUCAAGAUGGGCCGAUUUGACUACCCAUCUCCGUACUGGGACUCGGUCGGCGACGCUGCUCUCGAUCUCAUUGACCGCAUGCUCACCGUCGAUGUGGAAAAGCGUAUCACCAUCGACGAGUGUCUUGAGCAUCCUUGGACCACAGCUCGCACCAUCAACCCAGCCGAUAGCACCGAUGGCCUGACUGGUGCGAUCAGUAGUCUUGAUUUCUCCAUGCGCAAGCCCCAGCGGGAACGCACUAUGCUUGCGUCAAUCAACGACGUGAAGGUCUCUCGCAUCAUCGAGACACAGCCAGAUGCACCUCCGGUCAAGGUGUGGGAGAAGAACUCUCAAUCACACUUCCUUACACAGCGCCCAGCGGGCCAACAGAAGAAGAAGAAGAAGAAGGUAAACGGACACUUCGAGCAAACAGUGGAGCCAACGCCAGAUGCUGCACGCGAUCCCAAGGAGUUUAUGGAGAUGGGAGGUAAAGGGGAUCAGACGCUCUUCGAGGCGCCGGAGAAUGGAGCCAGUAUCUACCCCGAUGAAACGACGAUCAAGGCUGGUGCUCCGCGUGGAGAGUAGAGUAGAGCUGUGCGCGGACAUUGAAAUUGCAGGAGGUGCCGGGGUACCUGCAGCUUGACGAUGGAAUGUACAGUACAAGACGAAUUUGAUGGUGUGUACGUUGAUAUGGGCGCUGGUCGCGCGGUACACAGCGGGCAAGUGAGGUAGUAGUGUCAGACCGGCGACUGGCCCGGAGCACACGAUCGAACUUUCAGAUGGCUAUGAAGUAGCAGUCACUUCAAAUCACAUCUUUCAUC